AUGUCAUUAGUAGGUAAUGUCAAGUGGCUCAUUGACUUGAUGGUAUACAUCAACCAAGAAUUGCUACAAUUGUCCUACUCCAAGCAAGACUCGUCCAACAGUAAGUUGACCAUCAAGAACUCUAUUGCCUUGCCUAUUAUUCUCAGUAAGGUUCCUAGAUUGUUCUUGAUGUAUGCAUUGUCAUCUAUCGGCAGAACUCAUGAAAUAUUGAAGAAACUACAUAAAGACUUGUCUGAAGCCAGUAAGCUUUUUACACCAAUGAAAGAGUCGUUGAACAGAUAUUUCACCAUCUGCAACAAUUCUCCGUUGACAUUAAGUCUCUUUGAGAACUUCUUGAGAGAAUGCGAUGCUUUAAUCACCAAAGAGCAGAGCAUAAGAUUAGCAGGAAAGGAAAAGGGCUAUUCAUUGAAGGUGGAACAGAAAUUGGUUUGCCAAGGUGAGUUAACGGAAGACAUGGAACAGAUUGGAAAGAUCUUGAUCGACCGACAUGCUGUUAAUAUCAAUCGUGAUAUGAAGGUAUCGGACUUGUACUUUUACGAUGUCGAUUGGUUGGACAUAGGUGUAAACAAGAGAUCUGCUAGAACAUCUAAGGGUCUUCUGGAGACUGUAAUAUAUCCUUCGUCGCAGUUGAAACCCAAGAUGAUUCCCAGAUUACAGUAUUCUGACAAAGAGUGUAUCGACUCUUUGCGUAAGAUAAUCAUUUCUGUAGAUAUGAACCAGAUUACUGGCAAGACAGAUACUUCUCGAAAUGGAACUACCAAUCACAAAGCUGCUAUUGCUAACGACAAGAUUGCCAAGUUGCGCAAGUGUACUAGAUGUCGUUCAGUAUCUUUGGUAGCAGAUCCUCUUGUAUUUGAUGCUCCCAGCACCAUUGGGCUCUGGACCAUGGUCUUCCAAAGAACGUGUAUCUGUGGCAAUGCUUGGGUUAACUGUGUUUCGUAA